GUGAGUGUGUGUGUGUGUGUGAGUGUGUGUGUGUGUGUGAGUGUGUGUGUGAGUGUGUGUGUGUGUGAGUGUGUGUGUGAGUGUGUGUGUGUGAGUGUGUGUGUGUGUGAGUGAGUGCGUGUGAGUGUGUGCGUGUGAGUGUGUGUGUGCAUGAGUGUGCGUGUGUGUGUGAGUGUGUGUGUGAGUGUGUGUGUGUAUGAGUGUGUGUGUGUGAGUGUGUGAGUGUGUGUGUGUGUGUGAGUGUGUGUGUGAGUGUGUGUGUGUGUGUGUGAGUGUGUGUGUGAGUGUGUGUGUGUGUAUGAGUGCGUGUGUGUGAGUGUGUGAGUGUGUGUGAGAGUGUGUGUGAGUGUGUGUGUAUGAGUGUGUGUGUGAGUGUGUGAGUGAGUGUGUUUGUAUGUGUGUGUGCUGUGAGUGUGCUGUGAGUGUGUGAGUGAGUGUGUGUGUGACUGUGUGUGUGUGCUGUGAGUAUGCCUAUCAGAGAGGAAAGCGAAAGUAUUUCCUGUCUUGCUUUCUCUUUCAUUUUGAGCUCGAAGUACAGCGCACACUUUGGAGUGCACAUGUGAACACACGCUCUUCCGUCUCAGACAAACCAUGGAGCAGAAGGAGAGCCCGAUGCGUCUGAGGGAAUGGCUGAUCGCGCAGAUCAACAGUGGGAAGUACGCCGGACUGAGCUGGGAGAACGAGGAGAAAACUUUAUUUAAAAUCCCGUGGAAACACGCAGCUAAGCAGGACUACAGGCAGAACGAAGACGCUGCGCUCUUCAAGGCGUGGGCAGUGUAUAAGGGGAAGUACCGUGAGGGUCGAGACAGAGCCGACCCCUCAGCGUGGAAGACUCGGCUACGCUGCGCCCUCAACAAGAGCUCUGAGUUCCAGGAAGUUUCCGAACGCAGCCAACUGGACAUCUCUGAACCGUACAAGGUGUACAGGAUAGUGGAGGAUACACAAACAGAAAUCACUGUGAAUACAGUAAAGGGCAAAGCAUACAAUGAAGUUCAUGUUCAGGACGUAAUACACGGCAAAUCAAAUAACAGCACAGUAUCAGAUGCAGAUGGCAGGUUGGAUCUCUACAGCAAUAACAAUGUUGAUGGUUAUGACAGACAUGCGAAUGUUUCUGUCACUCUGCUAACAACAUGGUCCCCCAUUACAGACUUCCGACUCCAUGUGUGCCUGUUCUAUCACGGCCAGCUGGUUCAGGAAUUGAUCACCUCGUCUCCAGAGGGAUGUUUUAUCCUGCAGGGUUCGGCGCCGGUGGGGAAUGAGCGUAUUUACGGGCCGUGUGCAGCUCACACUCUGUGCUUCCCUCGCCUGGACACUCUGCCCAUCCCACCGGGCAUCGCCGAGGCCAUGAGCCGCCUUUUGCCUCACCUGGAGAAAGGCGUGUUAGUGUGGGUUGCCCCUGAUGGAGUCUUCAUCAAACGCUUCUGUCAGGGACGAGUGUACUGGGACGGGCCACUCGCCCAACACACACACCAACCCAACAAACUGGAGAGAGAGAAGACGUGCAAACUGCUCGACAUCAGCGUUUUCCUGCAGGAGUUACACCAGCACCUGCAGGCAGGAGGGCCGAGGCCACGCUAUGUGAUUGACCUGUGCUUUGGAGAGGAGUUUCCUGAUAAAAAUCAACCCAAGAGCAAAAAACUCAUUACAGCACAGGUGGUGCCCAUGUUCGCUAAGGAGGUGCUAGAGGGUCUGCAGAAGCAUGAUGCUGAACUGAAACUAAGUCUGAAAUCAGACGCACAGAAAUGAGAUCCAUCCCUCCCUCUCUCGAUCCCUCCGUCCAUCACUGUAGAUAUAAACACACCCUACACACUCAACUGUUUUCUUUUUUGAACUUUUUGAAUUUCUGAAUUUAAAAUUGUUCUUGUACAGUUUAAGAGUAAAGCUUUUGAAUGGUUAACCAAUCAAAACAAAGACAUAGGAAAAUAGCAUCAUGCUAACUAGUGGCUAACAUCAUUAGCCAUGUUAGCGUGUUUAAAUGCAUUACCUCAGAACCAACCAUGCUCCAUGCUGUGCUAAAUGUUGGUAUCAAUAAAUGACAGAUUUUACCAGUAAAACUAGCAUAAUCAAACACAUUAAAACUAGCAGUCAAGUUUCCUUAAGUAGCUAACAACCGAUUAGCAUUUUGCUGAUGAAAGCAUAACUGCUAGCUUUCUGUUAUUGUUAGCCUAUGUAGCAUGUUUGGGCAAUGCUCUUUUAAAGCAAUAUUUCAGUUAUAAACUAUAGUAAUUAAAGUCAAUAAAAUAACACUGUUAUUUAAUUAUUUUAUUUUAUUACAGUCAAUGAAAAUUAAAAUGGCAGGAAUUACCUUGUACAAUGUUUUUGUUUAAAAACAAAAGCUAACAUUGCUAACAAUACAUGAAAGGGGAUACUAGUGAAAUCACGCUAAUUGUGAGUACUUGCUUUGAUUGAUUGUCGACUGUUAGUAUGCUUGUUAACUCCCAUAGAUUUAACUAUCCUCAUUUGAAAGGAGAGUUUCAUUCAGCAAAAAUGCUAACGUUGCUAAACGUCAUGGCUAGCUUCACCAUUGCAUUACUCUGUAGGCUAUAAAUAAAAAAGGAAAUUACAGUUCGCAUGUUCAAAUUAAUAAGCUUAUUCUAACUAACUACUCGUUUCCAUUUAUUGCUAACCAUGUUAGCCUGUGAGUUUUUCUGAGGAAAGUCUCUUUGUUUUUGUGGACAGUUUUCUGCUUUAUUUCGUUUUGCUUGGUUUAAAGAGUGAAUCCGAGAACGCCUUUAACAGCUGCACUCAUAAAUACUGUGAGAUGGUUUUAAAAGCGACUCGGUUAAAAGUGGAAAAUGUUUAUGUUGACAACUUUGCAAAUGGUUUCACGCUAAGUAUAAAAGCUUAAAAUGAUAUAGCUAUGUUAACUUGCAAACAAAUAGGAAACUGUACCAGGCAAAUGGUAUCCUAGCUGCUAGCUGUGUCGUACUAGCUUACUCGCUAGGCUUACAAGCUACUACACUGUUGAAUUAUCCACCAUUUUUAAAAGAAUAUUUCAGUCAUUGUGAAGGAAAUGACUUAGCAAAAAGCAAAAUUAGCAUCGUCCUUAAAGCAUCAUGCUAAUUCUGACUAGUUGAUACUUCAGGGAAUUAUCUGCACUCGUUUUGAAGGAAAGUUUCAGUCAAAAUGUUGCCAAUAUACUGUAGUAGCAGCGUUGCAUUGAUGUUGUAUCAGAUAAAGCAUAAUUCUCACCAGAAAAACAAAACAAAAAAAAUUAAAACCUAAGAUAAAAGCUACAACCUCCACCUUUGUCUAGUAAAUAAACAGGCGAUGAAGAACAUUUUCAUGUCGGAAUAAAGGGAAGUUUUAUUUAUUUAUUUUUUGUGAUUUAAACCAAAUAGCAAACCUGCAUCAUACUAAUAGUAUUGCUAAUUUGUUAGCCAUAUUAGCAUGUUGCUCAUUCUAGAGUGCCAAAAAUUGCCAGUUUUACCUCUUAUCUUUACUAUGAGGCUUUCAUUUUUCUUUCUUUUCUUUUUUUAAACACAGUUUAUAAUGUAAAUUGUUUUUUUUUAUCUAACAGGCAGCUUGGAUUCAGAAUUCAGCUUUUGGGGAAUGCAGCCUUUUUUAUUUGUGUUUGUUUGUUUGUUUGUUUUCCUUUAUAAUCAUUGUGUGCAAAGUAAAAACUGUGAAAAAAAAAAUGCUAACAUCACAUCCUGAACAUAUUUUGUCAAUGUCACUGUUAUAUAUCAUGUAUUUAUUCAGUUUUAAUCAGUCAUUCGUGUUACCUCUUAAUUAUCUGGGUCAUCUGGUUUAUUAAAUAAUAAAAAUCUGACUCCAUUUAAAUCUAUAAAGCAUUCUUUUAUUUCUAGCGAACACUGUUUUACAGUCUCACAAGUUUUAAAAAUAUACAAUUUUAUAGCUAUACAUUUAUAAAGAAAAAAUAAAAAUAAAAUAAUAAUAAUAAUAAUAAUAACAAUCCUCUUUUUUUUCUGGAAAAAAAUCACCACCACCACAAAAAAUAAAAAUAAAAAUAAAAAUAAAAAUAAAAAUAAAAUCAAUCAAAAAUUAAAAGAAAGGGAAAGAGUGUGCUUGAUCAAAAAUGAAUACCCGUAUCUGAGUUUAAAAUACUUUCCAUAUAUAUAUUUUUUAUUUUACAAUUUUUUUUCCCCCCUGCUUUCAUAUUGUACAGAAAAAUAAAGAAGGUGGAAAAAUAUGGAGGGAAAAAAAAAAAAAAAUCGAAAGCACAUUGCGAGGUCAAGUGCACUCACAAAGCAUCACCUUCCAACAUGUUAUUAGCACCUUUAAACCCCUUUCUUCUGGAAAAACACCAACGGACAUCCCGUUAUCGACGGGAAUCUUCUCUUUUUCUUUCCUCCUUUAGUGUCUUUUCCGUUUUUACCCACACAUUGGAGCGUAAUGCUGAGCUGAAUUUGCAUUUAGACCUCGUAUUGCGAAGCUAAAAUCCGUAUACAUUCACCUCGAGAGCCAAAGCUCAGUUUAGAAGCGUGAAAGAAAACCGCAUUGCGAAAGAAAAAAAAAAAGUAACCAUUAAUGUUUGUCAUCAUAUUUGUCAUAUUAUUUUUUUUUUAUAGCAUAUUCAUAUGUAACACCUGUAUAAUAUAGAACUAUUCAUAUCAUUAUAUAGUCAUUUUUU